GUAAUUCCCCCCCCCCCAUUCUAGCCGCGGCAGUAUACGCGCGUUCUGCCGCCAGUGGAGCUCCAUCUAAGGGACGAGCACAUUCCUAGUCUGCCGCCACACACCGACAAGCACACAAUCCAUCCAACAUGGCCGACCAACUAACAGAGGAGCAGAUUGCAGAGUUCAAGGAGGCCUUCUCCUUAUUCGACAAGGAUGGCGACGGCACCAUCACCACCAAAGAACUUGGCACCGUCAUGAGGUCGCUGGGACAGAACCCCACAGAAGCCGAGCUGCAGGACAUGAUCAAUGAGGUGGACGCCGAUGGUAAUGGAACCAUUGACUUCCCAGAGUUUUUGACCAUGAUGGCAAGGAAAAUGAAGGACACAGACAGCGAGGAGGAGAUCCGCGAGGCUUUCCGGGUAUUUGACAAGGACGGAAACGGCUACAUCAGCGCCGCGGAGCUCCGUCACGUCAUGACGAACCUUGGCGAGAAGCUAACGGACGAGGAGGUGGACGAGAUGAUCAGAGAAGCAGACAUCGACGGAGACGGACAGGUCAACUACGAAGAGUUUGUACAGAUGAUGACCGCAAAGUGAAGCUUGCCCACCCCAUUCUGUCCCCUCUUAGAAGAAAAGAAAAAAGGAAAAAAAAAAACCCAAAUCUUUUGCUUACCUCUUGGAGAAAAAAAAGUUCAUUUAUUCAUACUGUUUCUGUAUAGAAAAUAAUUGAAUGUUGAAAUACAAUAUCCUUCUGUCCACACAGGGAAAAAAAAAAUAGACAAAAAUAUCUGCAUGAUAAAGAUGGUUAGUGAUCCUUCCCCUCCCUUCCCUCCAACCUCCCCCCCUCCCUCUGGAAAUCAAUUUAGCAUCAGUACUGAACAAAUAACAUCCACCCUGUAACGACUACUUUCAGACACAAGCAUAGAAGUUGGUGUCCAGUUCUAUUUGCUUGUGGUAAAUGUCUGGGCUGGUCAUUUCCUCUAUCGCUCUCUUUUUCUGUUCUUUGUGCAUGCAAGCUUGAGACCGGAGCACAUACCCAAUACCCCCAAAUCCCAACCCUCCCCCGGGCUACCAGAGCGUGCUGAUUCCACUAUACGCUAUCCUCUUGAUGGUUUGGUACAGUUUUUUUGUAUUUGGAGAGAGGAACCCUGUCAUGUUAAGAUGAGAGAAUAUUCCAAGUUCUGACUCAUUAAGCAUAAAGUGGAAUGGGACUUAAUUGUAUGCUAGCUAAAAUUGAAAAAAAAAUGUAAAAAAAAGAUUAAAAAAAAAAUUGGCAUGUUCUUUUUAUUUUGUUUAAUGGAUGACCAUCUUAGUAGUUGUGUGUCCUGCCCUUUAAACGAAGGAAGGGGGAGGGGGGACUUCAAGAGUCUUACGGUGAGCUUUCUUUGAUUUUUUUUUCUUUCAUUCUUACGCUAAGAUGGAGUGUCUGUCCUGUUUUCUUUUGCAAGAGAGAAUCACUGGCCUUCACUUUUUUUUUUUCUCUUCUGUUUCUCGACUCGGAAUGAGCGGCGCGCUGCGUUCGCGGCGCGCGCUGUCGAGGGGCACGCCGCCGCUCUUCAUCUGAGUUCAGUUUACAUUCAUUCCAAGUUGUACAUGCUAUAGUUUUUUUUGUUUGUUUUGUUUUUUUUUUUCAAAUAAAAACCAUGAACUUUA